AUGUCCUUCCUCCUUUCACCCGCCAGGCGCUUGACGUCGACGCUCCCCUCCCUAUCACAGCGCACAUUCUCAACGACUCGCCCGUCUCAACUGGCCCGCAUGACCCUGGUGGGGAGGCUCGGCGCAGACCCCGAACUCGCAGAUACCGGCAAAGGCCAAGUGAUCAAAUAUGUCGUGGGCACCAGUUACGGUCCAAAGGAGAACCGGCAGACGUCGUGGUUCCGCGUCGCCAGCUUUGCGCCAGAAGGUUCGCCCCAGCGAGAUCUCGUGAUGGGAUUGACCAAAGGAACCCUGGUCUAUCUCGAAGGAGAUGCCACCAUGCGCACCUAUGAGGACUCAGACGGCAAAAAACAGAGUUCAUUGAGUCUGGUCCAGACAAAGGUCGAAGUGUUGAAGAGACCGCAGCCAAAAGAGGAGGAGAUUGCUUAG